AUGGCCGCGGCGCGCGUGCUGCUGCUCCUGUCCGGGCGCCCGGAGUCGGUGGGCUUCGCGCAGACCUCCCCGUCGCGCGGUGUCCCCGUUUUUGAAAGCCCGCCCGCCUCUGAGGCCCUAACCCUAGCGGCUCCCUCCCACCAGCGAUCCCCUUUCUGCCCUUUCGCGGCCCUGGACCAGCAACCCAGGCCUCCGGGAACGGAGCUGCCCACCGGUCGGGGUGUGGACCUGGGUGUGGCCGUCAUUCUGCAGUCCAGCGACCAGACCGUCUUGUUGACCCGAAGGACACGCACCCUCCGCGUUUCCCCUAACCUCUGGGUGCCUCCAGGUGGGCACGUGGAACUUGAAGAGCUGUUGGAUGGAGGGCUUCGAGAGCUGCGGGAGGAGAGCGGAAUACAGCUGCCCGCCGGCCAGUUCUCUUGGGUCCCUCUGGGGUUAUGGGAGUCUGCCUAUCCUCCUAGGCUGAGCUGGGGUCUCCCCAAAUACCAUCACAUCAUUCUCUACAUACUUGUGAUCUCACAGGAGUCAGAGCAGCAGCUGCAGGCCCGGAUCCAACCAAACCCAAGUGAGGUGAGCGCCUUUAUGUGGCUGGGAGCAGAUGUAGCAGCUGCAGUGGCUGCUACAGAGGACGGGACAGAGUCACCCAGACUUCUCUCCCAGGAACUGCCACCCUCCGUCCUUGCAAUGGAACUAGAGGACGGAGUAGCUCGACCUCUGGCCUUGCCCAUGUCCACACUGCUGCGGACGACCCCAGCCACCACAGAGGACACAGAGAGAGUCAGCACGGGGACCAAGUUCGCCCUCGGGCUCUGGCUGCAGCAUCUGGGCAGGCAAAGUGGAGCUCACGUGGACCCGGGGUGUGCCAAGGAAGCGCAGAACACGGACCCCUGACCCACAGACCAGGGAUCCAGAAAGCCAAGUGCGUGAUCCCCUCCCCAGCCCACCUCCGUGACACUCACAGAACAUUCACAACCUUUAUUAUGGGUAAGAACUUUGCUACAACUUUGGGAAUAAAAAGUAAAAUUACAACAGAGGUCCUAGGCCCUGGAGGAGCCUGAAAAAGGCGCGUGAGGAGAGCGCGAGGGCCCUCCCACCUCCCGGGAAAGGUGCAGGAUGAGCCAGACCUACCAGGGGCAGAUGCUCUGGCCCCAGGCUGCUUGGCUAAGAAACAUCAUGAACUUAAAUAUAUAAAUAGAGGCCCAGGCGGCAGGCCCCGCUCCCAAAGCCCUGGGGAUCGGGGCUAAGGCCUGUCGCCUCCUCAGUCAUACUGGGAAGCAGGAGGUGGGGGAAGUCAUCUUUGGACGUGUUUUGGUUUUUCCUGUUUAUGUACAAAAAUCUGCAACCCAAAAUAGAGUUCUCUAUCCACGUGUC